AUAAUUGGUGGGUGCGCUUUCAAUUUGUUUCUGUGGCACUCGUAGUCGUAGGAUUACCGAUUACAGCUCUCUCUCUCUCUCUGGAGCUUCCAACUUCUGGGCGAAAGAUGGCGUCGGUGGUUGCAAGGCUGCCUUCCCCACCGUUGGUGGUGGUCAAUGGCAGAAAAUCCGUUUCUGGAACACUUCAGAAAUUGGCAAUGCCUACUAUUAAAGAGAGACAAGGUUGUCGUGGGGUAAAAGCAAAGGCGACAGGUGAAAGCUCAGAAACUUCAAUUGUCAAGUCCGUACAGAAUGUUUGGGAUAAUUCUGAAGAUCGGGUGGCUCUGAUUGGUUUAGGAUUUGCUGGUGUUGUGGGUUUCUGGGCUUCGAUAAAUCUCAUAGCGGCCAUCGACAAACUUCCUAUUUUCCCAAGUGUUCUUGAGCUCAUUGGGAUAUUGUAUUCUACGUGGUUCACAUACCGAUAUCUCUUAUUCAAGCCUGAUCGGUGUCAUUCAGUCAUCCACUUCUUGCCGGUGCUAAUCAUACCCUUUUUUCUCAUCAGGCAAGAGCUUUCUCAGGCAAUCAGCAAGUCGAUAUCAGAUAUCCUGGGCCGGUAAUGUGAAGAGGGAAGCCAAUUACCGUCUUUCUGAUCUGUGCUGUAACUUGUAUAAUCAUGUUACUUUUAGUUAUUCAUAUCAUUGAUAAUUAUGAGAAAACAAAAAUAUGCACAAAUGGAAAUGCCUUCUCUAAAUCUCUGCUGGUUGUAAGGAUCAUUUCAUAUUAGCUAGCUUCUCCAUUACUGUCUUAUCUCUAAUCAGUUACGUUCCUCUUCA